AUGUCUGAAGUACUACUCUCUUACUUGCCCCCCUUCGAGGGUCUCUUGCCCAAAUGGCUCGUCUUUGUCUCCGCGGUCUCCGCCCUUAACAGCUUGCAGGCUUACUGCUCCGCCGAUUACACCUCGAAGCUCUACACCAAUGGCGUCAUCCCCUGCGAACCUCUUUCUGGUCGUCUCUUUGGCACCUGGACCUUCCUCUCCGCCGUGAUCCGCAUGACUGCCGCCUACAAUAUCACCAACCCCGUCGCGUACGACCUUGCCAUCUGGACCUAUGCCAUUGCUCUGGCCCACUUCACUGGAGAGCUGAUCUUUGGUAACGCGUCGCUGAAGGGUCGCUUCCUAAGCCCGCUGAUCGUGGCUUCAUCGUCGGUGGCCUGGAUGCUGACCCAGCGCGAGGCCUACCUUGUUUAA